GUUCAAACGGGGAACUUUCACAGUUCAACUACACUGCCAAAUACCAUACUGCUCAGAGGAUCUAAAAACCCACUGAUAUGUGCAUUCCAAGAGCCACUGAAAAAUGGAUAACAUAUCUACUGAAUUUCCUGCAGAGACACCAGUUGUGAUAAUGGCCACUGCCAUCUCAGCAUCUACAAGUCUGCAGACAAACAACACCUGUGACCUGUAUGAACACAAAGAUACAGCAAAGAUCAUACUGCCUGUAUUUUACAGUGUUAUUUUAAUUCUUGGAGUGGUUGGAAAUGGACUUGCCCUCACGGUCAUUUUUAAAAACAGAAAAAAGAUCAACUCUACCACUUUAUAUUCAACAAAUCUUGUCUUGUCGGACCUUCUUUUUACUACUUCUUUGCCUACAAGGAUUGCAUACUAUGCGCUAGGAUUUGACUGGCCAUUUGGAGAAACAUUUUGUAGACUAACUGCUCUCAUAUUUUACAUCAACACUUAUGCAGGUGUUAAUUUUAUGACAUGUUUAAGUAUUGAUAGGUUUUUUGCUGUAGUCCACCCAUUCCGGUACCAAAAGCUCAGAAGAGUUAAGCAUGCCAAGGGCAUUUGUAUAUUUGUCUGGUUCCUUGUAUUGAGUCAAACAUUUCCAUUACUCCUACAGUCCAUGUCAAAUAAGGAACAAGACAGGAUUACAUGCAUGGAAUAUCCAAACUUUGAAAAAAUCCCAAAUCUACCACUGAUACUUCUUGCUGCCUGUUUAAUAGGGUACCUCAUUCCCCUUGGAAUCAUACUAUUUUGCUAUUCUCAAAUUAGCUACAAACUUGUUCAAACUGCAAAAGCAAAUCCAUUAAGUGAAAAAUCAGGGAUAAACAAAAAAGCCAUCAAUACAAUCAUUUUUGUAAUUGUUGUGUUUAUCAUCUGUUUUACCCCUUAUCAUGUUGCAAUUAUACAACACAUGAUUAAGAAGCUUUACACUCAAGACAAAACACCAUGCAGUGAUCAACAAAUUUUCCAGAAGUCUCUCCAUUAUACUGUGUUUCUUAUGAAUUUUAACUGCUGCUUGGAUCCUUUCAUUUAUUUCUUUGCAUGCAAAGGAUAUAAGAGGAGAAUAAUGAAAAUACUGAGACGUCAAGUUAGUGUAUCAGUUUCAAGUGCUGUGAGGUCACCUCAUGAAGAAAGCUCACGUGAUGUGGGAGAAACACAAAUGAUAGUACUGCCAAAAUCUUCAAAUGGAAAGUUAUCGGAGAAAUAAAGUUCUAAUGCCUUGCAACAAUAAGAUUGGUGAAUGAGGACAGGAAGACAGAUGGAUGUAAACUCUUGAUAUUGUGACAGCCCAGAGCAUCUCCCUGGGAUCCACUUUGACAUCAUUUAGCCUUCAUUACUGCAACCCUGAAAGUUGCGCUCACAAGACCCUGCCAGGGAACCAGAUGAUGUCACCACCCCCACUGGAACUAGCUAACACCUGAACAGCAUCCGGGAUGUGAAUCUUAGGUUCCUGCCAUUGUCCCCUUCCUAAUUUGUCAUUUUCCUUCCCUAGCUUGUUUCUGUGUCUCGGCUAACUUUACAACACUGCUGUGAGCUUCUAACAAGAAAAGUAAGCAGAACAAAAUGCCUUAAAAAGUCUAGUGCGAGUAAAAGGACAACAUGCCUCAGUGACAUUAAGAUGGAGCAUUAUGCCUAUAUUUCUCUCACUUUUUUGUGUUACCCCUGUUUUCCCUUAAAGAAGCAAGGAUCACAUUUGAACAGCAACAGCAGUGGAAGCUUAUGACCCACUAAACUAGCUUUUUCUCCCAUUGAUACCACCUUUAUACUACUGGAAAGAAUUUAAAGUUUCCCAGCUAUAAGAGACACUAUACAGUUAGAAGGAUAUCAAAUAAGAAAAAAAUAUAUUUAAAAUAUUAACCAAGGAUUUCAUUUUAAGUUGUAAAUAUUGUAAAGGCUUUGUCUUUUUCCAUCUUUCUAAUAAAAGUUAAAAAUAUAUUUAUACUAAUUGUUACAGGAGUAAUCAAGCUAUAACUUGACACAAAACACUUCUGUCUGAGGUUAUAAUCAUAAAUACUGGUUGUAUGAACAUUUCAUCAACACAUAGUUGUUCUAUUACAUUUGUUUCUAUGUUUCUGUUUACAGUAUCACUUUGGUCUAAUUUUAGAUGAUAAAGCCCUGAGAGCAAGAAAACUUUUAAUAUUUACCUGUAAAAUACAAUGCAAGUGAACAUUAUAGCACCAUGAGCAAAUAAUUUAAGUUUAAAUAUAUAUUUUUUGCAAACGAAACAAAGCUAAACAUCGGUAUUAAAAUAUUAAC